UCAUUUUGUCGUGUUGCGACCACAAGCCCACAUCUUUUGGGGGCCUUCUGGUCUCAAGCAUGCGACCAAUACACAAGGUGAUCUGUAUUUUGCUUGGCGGCAUUUCUUUGGUGGUGCUGAUUAAUUCAGAAAGGAGCCCUUUAAUUGGAGCGGGGACAGCAUCCCUGGGUGGGCAGCUCUGGUCCUGCACAGUGUCAAUGAUGAGAGCUUCCAGGGAAAACCAACUGAAGGCUGCCACCCAUGGGGAACACGGCUUGAGACCACACUAUGCAGGCCUUCCUGCAAGAGCCUGGCAGCCUGACAAGGUGAAAGCAGAGCAUGCUUGGCUCUACCACGUGCUUGCCAUAGUGACCAGAGAACGCGAUUUGGCCGUGAAGGAGAAUCUUCGGCUCCAAGCCAAGCUGGAGAACCUAGAACAGGUCCUAAAGCAUAUGCGAGAGGCUGCAGAGCGGCGGCAGCAGCUGGAACUGGAGCAUGAGCAAGCCCUGGCUGUCCUCCACGCCAAACAGCAGGAGAUCGAGCUUCUGCAGAAGGCUCAGGUUGAAGCUAAGAAGGAACAUGAAGGCGCUGUCCAGCUGCUAGAGAGCAAGGUACGGGAGCUGGAAGAGAAAUGCCGGACGCAGAGUGAGCAGUUCAGCUUGCUGUCCCAGGACCUGGAGAAGCUCCGGCAGCACGCCGGCAAGAUCGAUCUGUUGGGUGGCAGCGCAGGGGCCUCCUUGGACGUGCUGGCGUCCGGCAAGCCUUUCUCCCAGUUCAUGAACGGACUUGCCCCCUCCAUUGGCAAAGGUCAGGAGAGCACCUUGGGCAGCCACACCGUGAUCGGGGACUACCUCCGUCCCCUUCCACUCCCCAGUGACAAGCCCGAGCCUCUGUCCAACAAGCCUGCAUUUCUGUUGAGACCCGCCAGCCCAAGAUGCAGAUUUGAAUCAGACAUGGAUAAUGAACGGAAUUCCAGUACCUCCAAGCAGAGAUACUCGGGGAAGGUCCACUUGUGCGUCGCCCGCUACAGUUACAACCCGUUUGAUGGGCCAAAUGAGAAUCCCGAAGCCGAGCUGCCCCUCACGGCGGGGAAGUACCUCUACGUCUACGGGGACAUGGAUGAGGAUGGCUUCUAUGAAGGUGAGCUCCUGGAUGGGCAGAGGGGUUUGGUACCCUCCAACUUUGUGGAUUUUGUCCAGGACAGUGAGUCACGACUGGCAAGUACACUGGGGAGUGAACAGGACCAGAAUCUCAUCAAUCAUUCCAGCAUCGGCUUGGAGGGGGAGAACAUUCUGGACCUCCAUGCCUCCACUCACAUAGACACUGGCCUCACGGACGACGGUGCAGGGACGCUGGGUGUGAACGUCGAUGAAAUCGGAGAAGACAUCGUGCCUUACCCUAGAAAAAUCACCCUCAUCAAACAACUCGCCAGAAGUGUCAUUGUGGCCUGGGAUCCCCCGGCUGUGCCGCCGGGCUGGGGGACAGUGAGCUGCUACAAUGUGCUGGUGGACCAGGAGACGCGUGUGAGCCUCACGCUGGGGAGCAGAACCAAGGCCCUCAUCGAGAAGCUCAACACAGCAGCCUGCACAUACCGCAUCUCUGUGCAAUGCAUUACCAGCAGGGGCAGCUCGGACGAGCUGCAGUGCACGCUGCUGGUGGGCAAGGAUGUGGUGGUGGCCCCUUCCCACCUGCGUGUGGACAACAUUACACAGAUCUCUGCCCAGCUCUCCUGGCUGCCCACCAACAGCAACUAUAGCCAUGUCAUCUUCCUCAAUGAGGAGGAGCUUGAUGUGGUCAAGGCUGCGAGGUACAAGUACCAGUUCUUCAACCUCAGACCCAACAUGGCCUACAAGGUGAAGGUCCUGGCCAAGCCCCACCAGAUGCCGUGGCAGCUGCCCCUGGAGCAGCGGGAGAAGAAGGAGGCCUUCGUGGAGUUCUCCACAUUGCCUGCAGGCCCUCCGGCGCCCCCACAGGACGUCACCGUCCACCCUGGGGCCACCCCAGCCACCAUCCAGGUCUCCUGGAAGCCGCCGGCCCUGACGACUGCCGGGCUGUCCAACGGGGCCAAUGUGUCUGGCUAUGGCGUGUAUGCAAAAGGGCAGAGGGUGGCCGAGGUCAUCUCCCCCAUGGCAGACAGCAUAGCUGUGGAGGUCGUGCGGCUGCGAAGCCUGGAAGCCAAGGGCGUGACCGUGCGGACCCUCUCUGCACAGGGCGAGUCCACGGACUCCACCACCGCUGCCAUUCCCCCUGACCUCCUGGUGCCUCCAACCCCCCACCCGAGAACUGCUCCCACACCGAAGCCCUUAGCAAGUGUCGGAGCCCUCGAAACCAAAGAUGAACACCUGGGUCCCCAUAUCACAGUGGACGAGGCCUGGGAGCAGGGUCGGGCUCCAGCCCCGGUCCACGGGCACAUGCUGGAGCCGCCCAGCCUGCAGGGCUCAGGCCCGGGGAGGCGCUCCCCCUCGCCCAGUCGGAUCCUCCCGCAGCCGCAGGGCACCCCGGUUUCCACCUCGGUUGCCAAGGCUAUGGCCCGGGAAGCUGCGCAGAGAGUGGCCGAGAGCAGCAGGCUAGAGAAAAGGAGCAUCUUCCUGGAGAGGGGCAGUGGGCAGUACAUGAACUCAGAUGAGGAGGACAGCUAUGACUCCCCGGACAUCAAGAGGAGAGGUGCCUCGGUGGACGACUUUCUGAAAGGCUCAGAACUUGGCAAGCAGCCUCACUGCUGCCAUGGAGACGAAUACCACACGGAGAGCAGCCGGGGCUCUGACCUCUCUGACAUCAUGGAGGAGGACGAGGAAGAGCUCUACUCUGAGAUGCAGCUGGAGGACGGGGGCAGGAGGAGGCCCAGUGGCACAUCCCACAACGCCCUCAAGGAGUGCUUUCAGAGUAGCCCCACUGAAGGAGCCUUCCUGGAGCCGCCUGAGCACCCCCAGCUGACCCACCACAGUAAGAGGCUGUUCAGUAUCCCCGAAGUAGCCGAGGAGGGAGAGCACCUGGAGCUCUUGCACAGACAGGGCUUAGGGUACUCGGCCAGGGCCAGGGCCCGGGCCUGCAGUGGGGAUGAGGCCCCGCAGGCCUCUUGGCUCCCAGCCAAAGCCAGGGGCCCUGGGGGCGGCCCCCCUGCCAAGGACGUCGUCCUGGAAGACAGAGGCUGUCGGUUGGGCCGCGUGGCCAGCAGGAGCCCCGACAGUGGCCUGGACUGUGGCAGUGAGGAGGAGGAGCUGCGUUUUAGCUUCAGAAGCACGGCCAAGUGCAGCCCAGGCCCUGGGCACUGUCCCUGUAGAAGCCUGAGGCCUCUGCUGGCCCGGCGGCGGACGCUGACCCGGCAAAGCAGCAUCGAGGAGGACUUUGGGGAGCAAGUGGACCCCAACGACGUCAUCAGGAGCGAUGACACCCACCUGAGCCCAGAGAGAUCCACCCCCAGGAAGUAUGGCUGGGAGGAACCCCUGGGUCACCACGGCUCGCGGGAUAUCUGGAAGAAAAGCAUAAAAAUGCCCGACAGUAGGGCCACUGCCCCAGAGGCACCUCCCUGGGUUGCAGAAGGCCCUGUGAUUUUAGGAAACCCAGUGUCUGCAGGACGGGCUGACAGGGCGGAUCACGUGGGCCGGAGGUUCUCCCCUGGCAGUGCUGGUCCUCAGAGGUCCCGGCCAAUGAUGGUCCCAUCCAUCGAUGAAUACAGUGAGCGGGACCACCUUUCUCCAGACUUCUACGAAGAGUCAGAAACAGACCCUGGUGCCGAAGAGCUCCCAGCCCGGAUCUUCGUGGCGCUUUUUGAUUAUGACCCUCUCACCAUGUCCCCAAAUCCAGAUGCUGCAGAAGAAGAGCUUCCUUUUAAGGAAGGACAGAUCAUCAAGGUCUAUGGUGACAAAGAUGCGGAUGGCUUCUACCGUGGGGAGACCUGUGCCCGACUCGGCCUUAUUCCUUGUAACAUGGUCUCAGAAAUCCAAGCCGACGAUGAGGAGAUGAUGGACCAGCUUCUGAGACAAGGCUUCCUUCCUCUGAACACGCCUGUGGAGAAAAUAGAGAGAAGCAGAAGAAGCAGCCGGCAGCCAAGGGUGACACGAAGGGUGGUGGCCCUGUAUGAUUACGACCCGAGAGAAAGCUCACCCAACAUCGACGUGGAGGCAGAGCUCACGUUUUGCACGGGGGACAUCAUUACUGUUUUUGGUGAGAUUGAUGAAGAUGGAUUUUAUUAUGGGGAGCUUAAUGGGCAAAAAGGCCUUGUCCCUUCGAACUUCCUGGAAGAAGUGCCUGACGACGUGGAAGUCUACCUGUCUGACGUGCCGUGCCACUACCCCCGAGACACGCUGGUGCGCUCCAAGGCAAAACGGAAGAAGAGUGUUCAUUUCACACCUUAAUCAGGCACUCUAGCCUCCACGUAAGUGAGCAGCUGAAGAUACCCGUGCAGGUAGCGGUGCCAGCGGCCUUAGCGGACUAGGGCGGGAGAUGCAGGGCUUCACUGUGGGGUUAAAACAACAACAAAAAAGAAAUAUGUCUCAAAAAAACAUUGGACCUAAAAUAGUAGGCUCUUACUCGAUCUCAGUUGUAAAGCAACUAGAUUUGCAGUCAAAUAAUCAUCUUUACUACUCAUUUCCUACCAUUUACAUUAAGAAUAUUUCAAAGGCCAACAUUGGGAACAUAUUUCUUAAGAGGCUAAUUGUUUGUUUACGUAGAGAGUGUUCCGACGUCUCCUCGUAACUCAAGCUGCAUAUUGCAUUGUUGGCCGCUCUUGGAAAAAAGCACAACCUAAACAAUGAUGUUUACUAUAGGAAAAUUUUCCUUUAAAAACACAUAACUCGAGAUCAAGCAGAUGAGUAGUGAGCACUGAGCGAUCCAGACUUGGCUCUGAACACGCCACCUGCCGGCUUGACUCCCCACGAGGUGCUGUCAGGUGGCCAUACCUCUAUCUUUCGAGAGAGCAUAUGCUCCUCCCUAAAGCACAAACAAGUGUUCUGAGCACACGGGCGUUUGCCGCGAGGCCAAUCUGCCUGGGCACCAAUGCAAUACUAGGUUUUACGAGACAUGCAGCUGCAGUGAUUACAUUAGAUGGAACAGAUGGUAUCUUCAGGUGUACUUUGGGAUGCUUUACUAGGUGUUUUCCAUUGGAACUAGACCUUGAUUUUAAAUCCAAGCAAGCUUGAAGCCCUUGGCUCCCAUCACGUGCCUGCUGGCUACUGAACACUCAUGUUAGGCAGAGCUUUGUGUGGAGAGGUGAGGGAGUGCAGGACAGGAGACUCUGUGCUCUCAGGUGUGCACCGGGGUGCGCGCAGAUGGGAGGCGGGCACCAGAGCCCCCGCUGCUGAGUAAGCCCACAAAGCACACAGAGGCACUACUGUGCGCUCUCUAUUGGCAAAAAUUCAUCUCCAAUCACUUGGAAAUAACAAAAGCAUGCGAUAAGGGCCUUUAAGCUUCCUUUGAUUAUGAUUGAGGUUCAUUUUAGUUUUUUUUUUUUUUUCUUUCAACCGGUGUGCCAUCUGCUACAGUGUACUGACUCCCCCAGGAAUGCACUCUAUAAGAUCAGCAUUCUCUAUCCUUUCCCCCCACCCCCACCCUGGCCCCACACCCCGGUGCUUUCAGAUCCAACAAGUUCCCUUUAAGAACUUUUGCUUUUAAGAUUACUGAUGGGUACUAGGCCAAUUUCACUAUAACCUAAUCUCCCCCUCCCUCCGCUUUUGGUCUUAAUUUACAAAGUAAAUUAUUACCUAGCUCUGUUUUGCCAAAGCAAUGGCAUCCCCCUUCCCCAAAGACAAAGAAACCACAGACCAAACGCGGAUGGCUAGACCCUCCCUCCCUCUUAGGCCUGCCGUGGGGAGGGUGCGCGAGGCUCGUGGCAUCCUUUAACCCCAAAGGAAGACACGAGCCAUCCCUUACCUUUCCUGGUGGGGAAUGGGGCAGUGCAAUGUUACCAGCGGAUGGAUGUUGUUGGCGCUCAUGCACUCAAUAAACUGUCACACUGUACCUACUAGGUUCCUCCUGAGGGUUCAGGUACAGCAAGGAGAGCGCCAUCCCCCACAGCCCAUCUCCAUUCGGGGUCACCUCCGUCAUCUAUGGGUACUGGUAGUCCUGGGAGAGGCAGGGAAAUGUCCUCGAAAAAGAAAAAGGGGCUGCUUUCCAGAGGCAAGAAACUGCUGAAAAAGCUGGGUGCAGUGAAAUGAUCCUUGUGCUUUUGGACAACUCCCCAAUCCAUGUAAUUCUCUUUAAUUCCAAACUAGGGCUUUCAUGACUCAAGUACUUCCUAAAAAAACACUCUCCUCCCCUGACACCAGUAGAGAAAUGCUCUUUGCACUACCAUCCACUUUAAGCCAACUGCAAGGACAAAGAGCCGCUGGUGCUCCCUCCCAGCCUCUCCGACCGCUCUUGCCUGCGGCCUGCCGGGAGGCGGGGUCUCCCCGACACACAGGGGCCAGUAGCUUUUUGUGGCUCACUCCCCACCUGUGCUUCCGGUCUCUGUGCAUUUGUCAUCCGCCCUUAAAGGAAUGGUUUCCACCUUCUUCCCUUUGCAAAAUGCUUGCCUCAUGACGCAUAACUCACUUUAACUCUGGUCUUGAAAUUCCUAGUUUAACCGCCUUGAUGUUUUGCCUUAUUAAUGCACAAUGAUUUGUACUGUCUAAUAAAAGCUACGGUGUACACUUUGUAUGUGUCGUGCAUUCAGUGCUCUUCAUUCUCACAGACACAGUGCUUUGAAAUCCAGUUGUACAGGCUGCGCAUUUUGAACCCCGAGCUUUUUGCCUUCCCAGAGUGAGCCGGGCGACACACAGAAAAUGUUUACUUACUUAGAUCAUUCAGAAAAGAGAGAAAGAGAGAGAGAGAAAGAGAGAAAGUCACUUUGUUUGGAGAGGCACCACUCCUUCAACCUGCCCAAAAGCUGAGAUAUGCUCACUGCUUUCAGUGUUACAUGUUGUGGCACAUGGAUUGAUGUCACUUCCAUGAUCUGUCACAUGCCAUACACAGACCUCCUCCCCCGCCCCCCAGCAAACAGCACACAGCAGAGCAGUCCCCAUGAUGCACACGCCACACCCACAACAUCCUAAGCUUAAGUCUGUUUGAAAUGGCUCCACACUAGUCUUCAUCAUUGGCACUUGAACAAGAGACUUACAAAGUUGCUGGCAGAUGUAUUUGAUUGGUUACUCUUUUGUAUUUCUUGUCCACUUGUAAAUUGUUUUUACUCUUUAUACAUACUUUUCAGACUGCCUUUCUUUUGUAAUUUAUGGAAGGUUUAUAAAUGAAUGACUAAGCUUUUCCCAUUGUGUCUUCAAAAAUUAUAUUGUAAAUUGUAAUAUAUUAGUAUGUGGUACAUUUAUUAAAAGGAAAUUAGUCUGUGUGUGGUUCAGUA